AUGACGUGGCAAUGGGACGAAUGUGAGUGGUUCAAUUUCUUUUCAACUAACAAACAAACAAUUCCGGUUUCGUUGGCGUCGCGCGCGCGCGCGCGCACUUUCCCCCUCUUUUGUUCGUCUUUCGUGUACGUUCCCCGUAUUUCCUUGUUUUUGACAAUUUUUUCUGAAAAUUCAUCUGAAUAAUGGGUUUUUUAUUACAGAUGGAAUGAAGGGUUUGGUCGAAUUUUUCGGCUGUUUCAAACGGCGGCCAAGAGAACUCGGAGAGCCGGCGAACAAUGGUUGAUAGUGAUAAUCGCUUUUAAAUAUUUUUUUUUAACGUUUAUUCAGAAAUUUUCAGCCGAAAACCGAGUUUUUGGCUGAAAAUCGGGUGAAUAAUGCAAAUGCGCUCUAUUGAGAAAACUCGUUUUUGCAGUCAAAUGACGGCGAGUUUGUCAGCGAAAUUUUGCCAGUUUUGAUGAUUUUUCAAUGGAAAAAUAUACGUUUAACAAAGCUAUCGAUGUUUUCAGCCGCCAGUUCGUCCGAGUGUAUGGGGGCGGUCGGAUCGGCAAUGCCGGCUCCGAACCGUUCCGGGGAGCCGGCGAGCAAGCGAAAACUCGAAAAUUCCACGGAAAACCUGUCGAAGCCUGAAGAAUCAUCUGGAAUUUCCCUGAAAGAAGCGUUGAAAUUGGUGUCCGUCGCGAAAAUCGCGGUGGUUUACACUGAAAACGAAGAGCGAUCGAAAGUCGACGAGAUCCAACGAUUUUUCGAGGAAAAAGUACUGAACUCUCUGGAAUUUUCCGCGGAAAACCCGAAACCCGAAGUGAAAACCAUUCAAGUAGCGAAGGAAUCGCAAAAAUCGAUAAAGUACUUGAACCUUUUCGACAACUCGUGGCCCCAAAUUUUUAUAAAAGGCGACGCCGUCGGUGGAAUCGAAGAAUUGAAGGCGCUGAACGUGGAGUACGUGCGCGAAUGGCUUCGCGAGCACCAGUACGAUCUGAUUGUGAUCGGCGGCGGAUCGGGCGGAUUGGCUGCUGCUAAAGAGGCCGCCCGUCUCGGAAAAAAAGUCGCCUGUCUCGAUUUUGUGAAGCCCUCGCCGCCGGGAACCACGUGGGGACUGGGCGGAACUUGUGUCAAUGUCGGCUGCAUUCCGAAGAAGUUGAUGCAUCAGGCCAGUCUUCUCGGACACUCCAUUCGUAGGUUUUUGCCAAAGGACUUCUAAAACUAACGAAUCUUUCAGACGACGCCAAAAAGUUCGGGUGGAAGCUUCCGGCGGGUGAAAUCCAGCAUCAAUGGGAGCAUUUAAAAGAUUCGGUGCAAGAUCACAUCGGAUCGCUCAACUGGGGAUAUCGGGUGCAGUUGCGAGAGAAAUCUGUGAGAAAAACCGCAUUGUUUUGCGAUUUUUUAAAUUCCAAAAAUUUCCAGGUGACCUACAUCAAUUCGUACGGAGAGUUCAGCGGUCCGUUCGAGAUUUCGGCGACAAAUAAGAAGAAGAAAGUGGAAAAACUGACGGCCGAUCGUUUUUUGGUCUCCACGGGAUUGCGGCCCAAGUACCCGGAGAUUCCGGGCGCCAAAGAGUUCACGAUCACGAGUGACGACCUCUUCCAACUACCUUACUCUCCCGGAAAGACCCUUUGUGUCGGGGCGUCGUACGUAUCUCUAGAAUGCGCCGGAUUCUUGCACGGACUCGGAUUCGAUGUCACUGUACGCAGUUUCUUGCAGCCUUUUUCGUUAUAAUUCAGUCGAAUUUUGCAGGUAAUAGUCCGUUCGAUCCUCCUCCGCGGUUUCGAUCAAGACAUCGCCGAAAGAAUUCGCAGACACAUGAAGGCGUACGGCCUAAAAUUCGAAUCGGGCGUUCCGUCGAAAAUCGAGCAAUUGGAGGAGAAAACCGACGAGAAAGCGGGUCUUUACCGAGUGUUUUGGGACAAAAAACGAGAGGAAGACGGUCAAAUCGAACAAGUUCACGAGGAUUUCAACACGAUUCUGAUGGCGAUCGGAAGAGAAGCGAUGACGGAUGAUGUGGGUCUCGAAGCGAUCGGAGUGAAGAGGGCGAAGAGCAAGAAAGUGGUCGGAAGGAGGGAACAGAGCUCGCUUCCGUGGGUCUAUGCCAUCGGGGACGUGCUCGAGGGAACGCCCGAACUGACGCCCGUGGCCAUUCAAGCCGGGAGGGUCCUCAUGAGACGGCUCAUCGUAGGAGCCAAUGAGCUGGUACGUUAUUGAGGGAAAAUGCAGAGAAACGAGCAAAAUUCCGAAAUCCCACUUGGAAAAAACACAAUUUCAGACCGAAUACGACCAAAUCCCGACGACAGUGUUCACUCCGCUCGAGUAUGGAUGUUCUGGGCUGUCGGAAGAAGACGCGAUCGCAAAAUACGGAAAAGAUGAAGUUAUUGUCUAUCACAACGUGUUCAACCCACUCGAAUACACGAUUCCGGAACGGAUGGACAAGGAUCACUGCUAUUUGAAACUGAUUUGUUUGAGAAAUCAAGAGGUUCGGAAGAUGUUCAAAAAGAAAUUCGAAAAUUGAUCAUUUUUCAGGAGAAAGUAGUCGGAUUCCACAUUUUGAGCCCGAAUGCCGGAGAAAUCACCCAGGGAUUCGGAAUCGCGCUCAAAUUGUCCGCGAAAAAAGCGGAUUUCGAUCGGCUCAUCGGAAUUCAUCCCACCGUCGCUGAGGUUUGUGAUUUUCCAAAAAUACUAAAGGAAAUCGUGAAUUUUGCAGAACUUUACGACGUUGACACUGGAGAAGAAAGAUGGAGACGAAGAGCUGCAGGCGUCGGGUUGCUGA